AUGUGGGAAACAACAGCAGAGGACCGGCUGCAGCAGCAAACCAACAGCAGCAGAACCAGGGGUGCUGGAGCUGACUCACAGAGUGAGAGAGCUGAAUGCCCAUGCACAGGAGGCUUCCUGGUGGAGUAUUACACUAACAGCCCAAACUUCCGCAUUUUUAGUAUCAGAAGUACUAUACAUUUAGAGUAUGAAGGAACAUCAUUUUCUGAGUGGAGUGUGCCAGCAUCUUGUUCUGUAAAAGACAGAAGAUCACCCAAGACAGAAUUGCGUUGUUCUUCUCCUGGUUAUCAUCAUAUAAAACCAAUUGUUACAGGUCCAGUAAAAGAAAGCCGCUAUUUAUCUGUGGACAAUUCUCAAAUUUGCUUUUUGUGGUAUUGCAAAGUUAAAUAUUUCUUUCACAACUUAACCCAGGUUAUAAUCAUCUGGGUAUAUGAUCCAGAAAAUGCAGACCGCGAUGAGUUGCUACGGAAGGCAAAUGAACCUUCACGAAAUUCCAUGAUACUUACCAAGCAGUUGGCCACUUUGGGACAGAGGCCUACCAUAUAUACAAUUCUAAGGAGAAAACAGUAUUCUCCAAGGCAGCUGUUGAAGAAUGGGGUCUGGAAAAUAUCAGUGCCAAUGAGAAAAGAUGAUAUGCUACAGAGUAUUAUGGGAAACAAAGUGGCUUUUCAAGAUUGUUUUGUUGCAGAUUUUUUUUUUCUGCUGGUGUUUCCUUUGGUGAUCGCACCUGAGAUUCCUGGAUAUUUACCACUCUCUACACCAAGUGGUAGUCAAUUAAUAGUUGACUGGGAUGCUUGUGCUCCUUCAACUAUUGUUGUGGUAGCUGAAAUGGAGACCUUUCAAACAAAUGAUUCAUUCCUUACUUGGACAAAAAUCAGAGUGCCUCCAGGCAUUCUGAAUGAUGAUGAAAGACACAGUGUAACAGAUAUGUGCCUAUCAGAGGGUAGAAUAUUUUUUAUAAUAAAUGGUAUUCUUUACCUAAAAGAUUUUUAUAAAUUUACAAGACUAGGAAGAAAUGACAAUCUUCCUGAUGGUGGAAUUAUUGGUACUACAUCAAGAAGAUGGUGUUGGGUUAACUAUUUAUUCAAGUCUCAAGGAAAAAGAAGCAGCAUGGCAGUCUGGACAGAAAAUGAAGUUUACCUUGGUAGUCAACAUCAACCCCAAAACACAAGACAACAAGAACCACAUCAAUUAUUCAGAUUUCACAAAAUAAUAACUACUACAGAGCUGAAAAAUCUUUUACGUCUAUCACCAACUGCCACUCUGACUAUCCACACUGUUGAGUAUACAGCGCAUCCUUUGGAACUUGGCUUAUUUUUAAGUUACCAUGUUGCACACACUUUCAACAAAAAGAUUUACCUGGUAAUAUAUAAUGAAGAUACCAAACGGUGGAUGCACCAAGACUUUGCCUUAGAUGUCCCUAUUGACAGUUUUUUAGUUUCCCGUUUUCUGUAUUCAGCAAUGCCAGAAUUACUACUAUGGGACAAACACAGGGUCUAUUACAGUUAUCAUAAUUUCACAGUUUCUGGAAUUUUACAAACACCGACAGAAAAUGGAAAUCUAUCAAGGUUAUCACAGAACAGCAAUAUUGACGACGUGUUUUUAGAUUAUUUUGGGAAUAUUGUGAUAAAAAUGGAAAACAAUAUAAUGUUUUAUUCCAAGGUGAACAUUAAAGAUGCAAUACAGCUACAUUCGUGGAUAAAUAAGACCAUAAAUUCAUUCUUUGGCUUGGAUAUAGCUGGUCAAUUAUAUUUCGUAUACGUUUUUGAAGAUGGUACAUUAGAAACACAGCAAUAUCCCUUAAAAUUGGAAGCACAAAGUUUAACCUUCCAAGCAAGUGAAGAAUGCCCCUACGUCGCAUUUCAUACUAGUCUUACACGUGUUUUUUACUUUUUGGACAAGAGAGAGGUCCUGCCAUUUUGGGUUCAAAUGACCUAUCCAGAAAAUGUUGGUCUACAUAUUAUUUUGGAAUCCUAUGGUCCAAAAAUAAUAAAAGAGAAAAGAAAGUUUACCUUUGAAAUCAUCUUAGGACAGUGCACUAAAACCAUGAUAUCAACAUUUUCUCAGGCUGUAAAUUACGAGGCAGUAGGUGAUUACUUCAAGUUACAAGACCAGACCUCAGGUCUUGUGCUUUACAAUGUUCAGCCCAGUAGAUAUUCAAAAGCAUGUAUAACACCCAAAAAGGUAUUCCAAGUAGCUGUUGGCUGUAAUUCCAAGAAAUACAUUGCUGUUAAAGGAUUUUCUAAAAAAGGAUGCCUUCGGCACAAUUUUUCUUACGUGAUUGAAAAGUCAUAUCUGAGGCAUCGACCAUCUAAAAACUUGAAAGUAAAAUAUGAUUGGGAAAAGUAUGGCUGCCCAUUAAGACUUGAUUUCAGAAAAAAGUUUAAGCCUUUGAUUCAAUUAUUUGACGAUAAUGGAUACGUUGAAGAUGUUACAGUAAAUUUCAUAGUGUGGGAGAUACAUGGAAGGGACGACUACAGCUUUAAUACUACCAUGCGUAAGCAUGGUUGUUUAAAUGAAGCACAGACAUGGAAGUCAAUGACUGAACUUAACAAGCACCUCCCAUUAGAAAAGGCCUGGGGACCUGAGAACUAUAAGCACUGUUUUUCUUAUGCUAUUGGAAAACCAGGAGACUUGAAUCAACCAUAUGAAAUUAUCAACAAGUCUAAUUAUAACCAUAUAAUCUGGCCCCUGGACCAUUCUGGAAUGUAUGUAUUUGGUGUGAAGAUCCUGGAUCCUAACUAUAGCUUCUGUAACCUAACAGCUAUAUUUGCAAUAGAGACCUUUGGAUUGAUUACCAGACCAAAUGGCUACCUGGUAGCUUCUUUCCUCUUUCUCCUAAUGCUACUGUUCUUCAGUAUUCUAGUUUUGAGCUACUUCCAGUAUAUGAAGAUUUAUAGACAAUAUAUUUAUGAGCCACUUCACGAACCUGAAAGAAAACAAAAGAAAACGUAGGAAGACCUAAGUUGUGUUAUGUAUAUAUAUAUAUGUAGAGGGAAUGUGUGUGUAUAUAUAUAUAUAUAUUUAAUCUAUUUAUGCUGAGAGCAUGCGUUUGACCAAGAAAUACUAAGUAUACACUCAUAGUAAGUAUCAUCAAAUUCAAGACCUGAAAAGUGUUCUUCAAUUAUCUCAAGACAGAAAUAUUUUUAUACAUAAUUGUGCUAUGAAAUUAAUCCUUAAUAUGUUUGCAUCCCUCUUAAAGGGG